CGCUGUUUCCUCUAGAGCCCCAAAAACUCUCCGUUGUCAGGGAAAAGGGUGGUGCUAGAGAGAUGGAUGAUAUGCUUGCAUCUACUGUAUGGUCUAUCCCUCUUGCUUAAUCGUCCUUGGUUUCUCCUGUCGGUGGCCGCAAUCUGCUGGGUGCUGCAGGGGCUGAUCGAGCGAAGCGGAACAAGGCCAUGAUCGUCAAGAUCGCGGUGCCCGUGCUGCCCAUGCUGCUGCUGCUGCUCACGGCGUCGGCUGCCUCCAUGACGCCGGAUGACCGCGCCUGCCUCCGCGCCUUCUUCGGCAGCAACUACUUCCUGACGAUCUGCGUGCUCUCCCAGAUCAACGUGGGCCGUCUUAUGGCGAGGGAGGCCGUUCUGGCGCCGACGCUGGCGGCCCGGCGCGUCUUGGCGGUGGGCGCCGUCGCGUGCUUCGUGGAGCUCGCGCUCAAGCUGUACAUGAUCCUGUACCCUGCGGCUGUGGAGGAUGGUGCUUAGGUGCGCUGCGCAUGUGUGGAUGCGCCUACCGAUGGAUCGAAGAUGGAUUUGCGCCGUUUUGUUUAGUUCCUAUACUUCCUACUCUGCUACUUAAGUUAGAAAUUUGGAAGGGCCUGUCAUACUUGGGUACAAGUCUUAUCUUACCAUUUUGUUGUUGUCUUGUUCAGUUGGGGUUUAGAAUGUCUGUCUGUUUGUUUGUAGCAGCAGCUUUGGAGUUUAGACUGUCUGUAUGAACGUGGACGGGAUUUGAAUUUGCUUAACUGAAGCCUUGAAAGUGUACUUAUGUGACUGGGAGACUCUAUUUCGUGAGCAGGAUUUCCCAUUCUUGACGCGUUAGUAUGUAAUUUGCAGCCAGUUGUCCAAAUUUAUUAGCUGCUCUGAUGCUCUCUGUGCAUUCCGAACUCGGCGGUAUGUGCACGUAGGCAAUCAACCUCUCUCUUUCUGCCUAAUUGCAUGGGCAAACACAUAAUGAUAAUAAUGUCUCCAUAAGAAAACUCCAAGGAAUUGGAAUGCAACAAAGGUAACCAUUUCGAUUUGGAGUUACAUUUUUUCUUUCUUGAAGCCCAACCACCAUUUGGACUAGCUCGAUUCAGAAACGAAAAGAGGAAAAAGCGGACAGUUCAUAAAACUGAAAACUGGAAAAGCUGCGUCGAUCCUGCCCUCCUGCCACAGAAGCAGAGCAUCUUCCCGACUUGACCACCUUGACCGCUCACAAGUCACAACCAUCCUCCCCUCCGCUUGCUGGCCCGCCUGCCUAUACACCCACGGCGCCAUCAGCCAGGUUUCCACAACAGAAGAACAAACAUCUUUUGUCUUGGGUUAGGAGAAACCUGGGCGAGACCAAGAGAGAUGGCCGGCCGCAACUUGAGCGCUGCAGGAGCAAUGGAGGAGGAGGGGGAGCAUGUCAGGCCGCCCAAGAUCGACGUCGAGACGCUCUGCCUGCUGUACAUACUGCUUCUCAUGACGAUCUGGAUGUCCUCGUUUCGGCUCCGGUGGCCGGCCCUGGUCACCUACUACAUCCCGGCCAUGGAAGCCCUGGUCACCUGCUUCUUCUUCGCGUUCGUCACCGUCCAGCUGCAGGUGCUGCUUGCCAUCGCGCUGUCGGAGAAGCCCGAACCGUCGCUGCUUCCGCCUCCCGUGAACCAGUGGACCAUGGCCCUCACCGUGUGGCUGUUCGGGGUCCUCUACUACAUGAUCUACGCCUCCUUGAGCGACGGGUAUGCGGGCUACUUGGGCCUGAUCUUCGCCGGGGUCGCGAGUGUUGUGAGCCUCGCCAUGACCGUCUACAACAUGCUGCAGCGCCCCGUCUUUGCUUAGCUGCGGAUCGAGGAUGAUUGAGCAUCUUGGAACCUGAAGAGUGCCGACCUGAAGAAGGGCCAGACUUGUUUUCUGUCUAGUGUUGGAUGUGCUAUGAGUAUGUUGUUGGUUCUCUAUCUACUAUCUGAACUCAGGAAGGAUUUGGCUUCAUUUGGGGGACAGGAUUAAUGUGUCAGUACCUGAUGUUUCGUGAAAAACUUUUCUUUAGGGAAUGUUUCAUGAAGAACUUGUUAUGGGGAUGUGAUAAUUUCCUUGC